AACAAGUUUCCAUUGAAAGAAAUCGAUCUGCUUUAAUUUAGAGCUUUUCUUGAUCAUUCAAUUCCCAGAAAAUAAUGUCUCUCAUCCCAAGCUUCUUUGGUGGCCGGCGAAGCAACGUCUUUGAUCCUCUAUCUCUUGACCUCUGGGAUCCCUUGGAAGGCCUCUUCUCUCCUUCUUCUCCGGCGAGCGAAACCUCUGCAUUCGCUGCGGCGAGGAUUGACUGGAAAGAGACCCCGGAGGCUCACAUUUUCAAAGCUGAUCUUCCCGGGAUGAAGAAGGAGGAAGUGAAAGUUGAGGUGGAGGAUGGGAGGGUUCUUCAGAUCAGCGGAGAGAGGAGCAAAGAGAAAGAGGAGAAGAAUGAUAAGUGGCAUCGCAUUGAGCGCAGCAGUGGGAAGUUCCUCAGGAGGUUCCGGCUGCCGGAAAAUGCGAAGAUGGAUGAGGUGAAAGCCGGCAUGGAAAACGGAGUGCUGACAGUCACUGUGCCAAAAAUUGAGGCCAAGAAACCAGAGGUGAAGGCCAUUGAUAUUUCUGGUUAAACUUGUUAAGCAAGACUAUCUUAGUACUUUGAAUUCCAGCAUAAAAUUAAUAAAACUGUACUGUUUGUAUGUUGUGUGCUUGUGACUUUGCUUCAUAAUGUAAUAAUUUGAAUUUCUGUUUUCCUCA